CCAGAGACAAAAAGCGAAAACUAUUUCCAUGGGCGUUUUAGGCAUUUAUUUGUAAACUUUCAAAGCACAGCUAAGUUAGCUUGCUAACAUUAGCUUACAUGGCAUUGUUGUCACAAGCAAGAGAACAUGGACCAUAUUUCUUCCCCAAAAUGUAUAAUACACACACAAGGCUUUGUCAAGUCAAACUGGAGUUGCACAAAGAAAGAACAGGCAUUGAGAAAUAAUGUAUGUGUAAAAUUUAAAUCAGGCAAAAUUAAUGGUUUAAAACAUUUUUUCAACAUUGCUUCCGGUUGGGCCUCGGAGAGAUGUACACGCGCAUCUGAGCUCCCCCAGAUUAACAUUUAUUUAUGUCAAGGAGCCCAACUCACACAUGUUUAUGACAGAUUAAGUAUGGUAAAAGCAGAGUGUAGAUUGUAAGAUGGUGAACACGAGUUUUUAUUCAAUUUUGUUACGAUUCUUUGACGAGAUAGGAUGCAGGUUGCAGGAUCUGAGGAGCGGCGCUAAGGCCCCAGAACAUGCAGAGAGCACGGACCCUGGUAAAUCGACGCUAUUAAGUCUUUGAAGGCUGAACUGCUGGCAAAAAUAGACGAGAAAACGGAUACUCAGAACGCCGAAAUAUCCAAGCAAAUAAGCAUCGUUAAAGACGAAAUGAAAACAGCCAUUAAGCUUGCUAACCAGUGGCGGUUUUGGGCAUGGGCGAACCGGGCAGCCGCCCAGGGCGGCAUCUCUUUUCCAUAACGUAUGGGGCGGCACGACCGCUUAAAAAAUAUAUAUAUAUAGGCGCCGCAAAACUGUUUUCCAUUAUCAAUAUCGCCUGUUUGAGAAAUUGGCAAAUUAGUGCCCCCUGCAGCUGCAGGCGCCCCUAGAAGUUGACGCAUUAUGCACACUGCACAGAGAUGCUGGGAAAGGCCAAGGGGAGGGGUUCAGGGGGGACAGUUCACCUCUGGGUCUUUUAAAUGAAACGCAAUGUAAAGGGGGAGGGUGGAGGGGUCCAUUUAUAGUACAAUAUUAUAAUGUAAUUAGUUGCCAGUCACACCUUGACUUUCUUCCAAACAAAGCAAAUCUCAUUCAUAAUAUUAUGAAUGCAGGCCAUGAAUCCUGCACCUUUUAUGAAUCGUGAGAAAUGACUAAUAAAAAUAGGUGCCAAGGCGAUUCAGAGGUCACCCAGGUGAAUUGGUUUGGUCUUGACUUUUGGUCGCGAGUGCCAAUGUUGGGGGAUGGGAAUUUGUGGAUUGCCCUGCCAAAUAAACACAGAGAUGGACAGAAAGCGGUCAAAGCCAUCAGGUGCCCAGUUCAGAAAAAAAAGAAAAGAAGAAGAGGAGAAACGAGCAAAGGAUAAAGGGGCACUUCUGAAAUAUUUUGGAGCAUCCUCUGCCACUGCUCAAGAUGAGCCACCCACCACCCCCAUUACACAGGAUGAGGAGGAGCCAUCAACCUCAUCAGCUACUCAGGCCUCUUCUGAAAUGGUCCCUGUCAUUGAGGAAGAGCACCUAUCCAUGUGUCCAGACACAUCUCCCUGUACGUCUGCUUCUCCACAGCACGAACCUUCAGAAAUGCCUGGAGCUGAAGGUUCCACUGCUGAAGAGGAGCCUCUGUCAACCGACCCUGCUAAAUGGCCUACACCUCUGACUGACAGGAUUCGGACUGAACUAGUUCGCAGAGGACCCAGUGCGUGGACAAGGAAGAGGAAAAGAGGGAGGGACACUGAUGCAGCUGGAAGGGAGGAGAUGAUAGAGGAGCUCCUCAUCCAGAGCCUGCAGAGGCCACCUGCCCCCCUGCCACCUCCACCACCUCCACCUGCGUCGAUUGAGGAGGAGAGGUUUUUGACAAGCCUGGCUCCUUCCCUCCAUAGGCUGCCACCCCAGCAAAGGGAGUUCGUUAAAUUCCAAAUUCAUAAAUUAGUAUACGAAAACUCAUUUGUUACACUUAAUUUGGAAUCAUUGGAGUAGCUGGGGUGGCAGCCUGUGCUGGGAAUGAGACAGACUGGUAAAUUUUUUGUAAAUUUUUGUUAAAUUCGUUCUGUUCUUUUUCUGUUAAUCACUUUGGGUUUUUUUGGGUUUUUUUGUAUUGAUCUUUAUAAAUAUAUAUUUUGUUUUCAAAUUAAAAAUAUAUUGUAUAUAUUUCUUAAUAACUACUAUUUCUCAUGUCAUUAUUUCACACAUUC